AACCUUCAGACAGCAACCACAAAGUGAAUCCAAAAGGAGCUCCAAGUUGAAUAUCAAAAUGCGUCUAACAUUUCUGGCGCUCAUCGGUGUAUUGUGCCUCGUCUACAGCCAGGCACAGCUACUGGAUGACACGAACAAAAACAGUGAUCAGGUCAGCCUGCUGGACGUAGCCGAUCAUGGAGAGAAUCACGCCAAUGACGGCAACCGCAAUGCUCGUCAAUGGGGCUAUGGCGGUUACGGCGGAUAUGGCGGAUACGGCGGUUAUGGCGGUUACGGCGGCUGGGGUCGUCCGCGCUGGGGCGGUUGGGGAGGCGGCGGUUGGGGAGGCGGCGGCUGGGGAGGUGGUGGCUGGGGUCGUCGUGGCUGGGGCGGCUGGGGCUGGGGAUAA